AUGUCACCGCUCGAGCAAAUCAGCCUCAUCUCGUCCGACGAGGAGAGCGAGGCUCCGCCACCAGCGGCCGCAAGGGCAAAGCGGAGCGCGGCGGCGCGGGCGGCGCCCUCCUCUCCUCCACCCUCCCGAAAGGCACGCAAGACCGACGCCCGCAAGGAUCCGGCACCCAACGCCGAGAACCCGCCGGCCGCGCCGGCCGCGGCCGCGGCACGCCCUGCGCCGUCGGCCAGCCAGCGCGCGUCCUACCUCCAGGCGCGCGAGGCAAAGCUCAAGGCGUGCCGCUUCAACCUCUCCGCCCUCCCCGCCGGCAAGCGCGUGCACGACACCUCGCGAACCAUCAAGAAGCCGACGCCGGCGUGGGCGGGCUUCUGGCCGGCGCUGCGCGAGUUCAUGCAAAACACGAUCGACCACCUCGACCUGGCGCCGCGCGGCCGGCUGCAUCCGGCGCUGUCGCUGCGCGUCGAGCGGCCGGCCGGCCAGCGCGGCACCCUCGCCUCCAUCGCCUUUCGUUGCGGCGACGAGCCGGUCUGCGCCAUCGAGGUGGAGGAGGACGAGCUGCGGAUCCUGCAGCACUACACCUUCCCGCUGCACCCGCGUGCGCUCGAGACGGGCGUGCCCGACGCUGGCAAGGGCGGCGACGCGACCGCGGGCGGCUUUGGCGACGGCUUCAAGACGGCGGCGGCGGCGCUGCUCGGCCAGCCCGCCUGCCGCUCCAUCAGCUGGACCUUUGAGACGGCAGAGGGGCGCACCGUGCGCUGGGACUUUGUCGGCGCCGAGCGGGCCGCGGUCGGCAACUUUCGCGCGUCGCGGGUGCUUGAG